AUGGACGGUGACACUCACCGCUUAAGGGAUACCAGCGUGACGUAUGGCAGCAACAACGAGCGCCUUUACGAGGCCUACAGCGAGCUGCACUCCCUUGCGCAGGAUUUCGAAAAGCCCUUUGACAGCCCCGCGAUCUUGGUGGUGGGCCACCAGACCGACGGAAAAUCGGCGCUGGUGGAGGCGCUCAUGGGGUUCCAGUUCAACCAUGUCGGCGGCGGCACCAAGACGCGGCGCCCCAUCACGCUUCACAUGAAGUACUGCUCCAGCGCGGUGCAGCCCAGCUGCUACCUCCUCGGGGAUGAGGGCGGCGGCCUGGCGGGGGAGCGGGAGGUCACCCUGGAGGAGUUGCAGGACCACAUCCAGGAGGAGAACCGGCGCCUGGAGGAGGACGGCCAGUUCUGGGCCAAGGAGAUUGUUGUGCGCAUUGAGUACAAGUUCUGCCCAAACCUCACCAUCAUCGACACGCCGGGGAAGAAGAACGCGCUGCUGCAGACGGCGUCGAAGCAGGUCGAGGCGAUGGUGCUGUCAAAGAUGGCGCAGAGGGAG